AUGACGGAUCUAUCUCUGUCUUACUCCCCACAAAGGGCUGAAGAGCUCAAAGAGAACAUGAAGGGAGUCUUAGAUGACAUUGCGGCUGUCGGUAACGCCCGUCUGGUCCCCAUCUCCAAAUUAAAGCCUGCAUCAGACAUCAAAGCCCUUUACGAUGCUGGAUACAGGCAUUUUGGGGAAAAUUAUAUACAAGAGAUGGUCGACAAAGCGGAGGUGCUCCCCUCGGAUAUUCGUUGGCAUUUUGUUGGCGCACUUCAGAGCAACAAGGCUAAGCUGGCAGCAUCAGUACCCAACCUUUUCCUGCUGGAAACAUUUUCAUCCGUCAAAUUAGCAGAUGCGGUCCAGAAGCAUCUACCGGAACGAGCAGAGCCCCUCAAUGUUUACAUACAGAUCAAUACCUCAUCCGAAGACUCGAAGUCUGGCCUACCUCCUCUCACAUCAUCUUCCACCAAAUCUGAUCCCGCUGCUGAACUCGCCAUACAUAUUCGAGAUCACUGUCCGGGUCUGAAACUCCUGGGUCUGAUGACCAUCGGAUCAUGGGAAGCAUCACACGAUCCUUCAAAACCCAAUCCCGACUUCGAGACUCUCAAAAGCACAAGGAAGGAGCUGCUCAGAUUACUCGAAAGCGAUCAGGAGCUAGAGUUGAGCAUGGGCAUGAGCGCCGACUUUGUACAGGCCGUCAAAGAGGGAAGCAGUAGCGUCAGGGUCGGCACGCGGAUAUUUGGUGAGAGGCCACCGAAGAAUGCAUGA